AAAAAUGCAAAGAAAACUGCUUUUGGCAGUUAUACCUAUAAAACACAACAGGUUUAACAUGGAUUAGGCUAAUGCAUUACUUACUGUAACAAGGCAUACACGAGAAAUGGAUUUUCAUUCAAAAUUGUAUUUUUUCAACGAUAUGGAAAAUAGCAGUUAACUAAAACACUAUACAGUAACCCCAACCUCCAUCUCAUUUGUAUUUUCCCUCAUUUACUCAUAUUAAAUAGCGUACCGCACAAAUGCUGUUUUUAGACCGUGACAUCGCAUUGUACAGUGCCCUCCAUAAUUAUUGGAUUUAUAGUCAUUGUGUUUUUUAGCUUCUAAUAUUUUUUUUUCUAAAUAAUAUGGGACCUUAAUGGAAAAAAAGAGAAAAAUCCAACCUUCAAUACAAGUGCAUUUGUUCAGUGGGGAAAAAAUCCCACAUAAAGAAAAAAUUAUUUGACAUCAAAUAAUGUGUGUCACAAUUAUUAGCACCCCUGGUGUUAAUACUUUGUACAACCCCCUUUUGCCAACAAAACAGCACCUAAUCCUCUAUAAUGUUUCGCAAGAUGGGAAAAGACAGAAAUAGGGAUCUUCAGCCGUUCCUCUUUGCAGAAUCUCUCUAAAUCAUCCAGAGACCAGGGUCCUCUCCUCUGUACUCUCCUCUUCAGCUCACCCCACAGGUUUUCAAUGGGGUUGAGGUCUGGGGACUGAGAUGGCCAUGGGAGGAGCUUGAUUUUGUGUCUGGUGAACCAUUUCUAUGUAGAUUUGGCCGUAUGUUUAGGGCAGGGGUGGGCAAACCGGUCCUCGAGGGCCGCAGUGGGUCCUGGUCUUUGUUCCAACUGAUUCAGCACAGACAGUUUAACCAAUGAUGUUUCAGUGGAAACAAGAAGCACCUGACUGCAAUCAACUGAUUGCACUUGUAAGAAACCAGAUUGGUGAAAGGUUGUCCUCAUGAUGAGUAUGAACAAAAACCUGCACCCACUGCGGCCCUUUGUGGAAUAGUUUGCCCACCCCUGGUUUAGGGUCAUUGUCUUGCUGAAAGACCCAGUGACGACCCAUCUUCAGCUUUCGGGCAGAGGGCAACAGAUUUUGAUUUAAAAUGUCCUGGUAUUUCAAAGCAUUCAUGAUGCCAUGCACCCUAACAAGGUUCAUAGGGCCUUUGGAAGCGAAACAGCCCCACAGCAUCACUGACAAUAACAUCACUGAUGUUAUUUAUAUCUCUAUUAUUAAAAAAACACAACACAAAGUAAAUGUUCAGAUUAUCUUCAAUUUUAAUAUACAUCCUAUGUUCUUAAGUAGUUAUAAUUGAGAUUUGGCAUUUAGUAUGUGAGGAAAUGAGGGAAAAUAAAAAUUAGGAGAUGGAUAGCUGUUUUUGUUAACUUUUAUAUUGCAAAUCAUUGAAAAAAAAAAUACAAUUUUGAAUGAAAAUCAGUUUUUGUAUGUGUUAUAGAAAUAACUGACCAAAACAGUUUUCUUUGCAUCCCCCAAUAAAAAAAAAAAUAAAUAAAUUAAAUUACUGACUCCUUGGCGACCUUCACGUCGGGGAGUUCCGGCAAGAAAUUCAAACCACUUUCACCCCUGCUUUUUAAAAAAUUAAUAACAUUGAUCACGAUAUACCGCCAUUUCGAUAUGUUGACACACCCCUAUUCACCAGUGAGUUUGGCACACCAGGGACAUCAUUUUCAGACAGAAUUGUUAGGUUUCGCUCUGUAAACAUCUCCUUCGUACACUAUUUCCAUUCAUUUACUAUUGGGGACAAACGGAAGCGUGUCCCCCCCUCUUAGCAACAUGUUGCUAACGUCAUGAAUAUUAAUAAACGGAACUGACGUAUUACUGUCGGUGCAAAACCUCUGAUUUUUAAGGGUUAAAGACAUGACACGGAAGUUCACGGAGCUUUUAGGCUUUUAAGCAUGGGUUUGUGUCUGCGAGACGCUACAGCGUGUCGUAAGUUGCCAUACGCAAAAUAGUAUUGACGAAAUAGCAUAUUAAUAAAGUGUGACAUUUUGUUUGAUUGUCUGUGUUUGGAAUUUAAACGCAAAUGCGUCAAUACUACUCUUAAAAGACAGAAGGCAAUGACAACAGCGUGAGUUAAAAUUUGCUCUUUCCUGGUUGGUCAACUGUUUCCCGAUUCAACUAGCCAAUCACUGAGCAGCAAAGCAAAUUUACAAGCUAGACUGUGUGGUUUGACGCUGUCAACAAACCAACUACACGUAAUUGACAAUCCAAGAAAGAAUUUCGAAACAAUUAAAAUGUCAGGACGAGGAAAGGCAAGCAAUAAAAUCAAGGCGAAGCCGAAGACUCGUUCUUCCCGUGCUGGACUCCAGUUCCCGGUCGGGCGUCUCCACAGAUUGCUCCGCAGAGGUAACUACAGUGAGCACAUUGGUGCGGGUGCCCCCGUCUACCUGGCUGCCGUGCUCGAGUUCCUGACCCUUGAGAUUCUAGAACUGGGAGGCAACGCUGCUCGCGACAACAAGAAGACGAGAAUUAAUGCCCGUCAUCUACUGUUGGGGGUUCGCAAUGACGAUUUGCUCAACAAAGUCUUAGGCGGAGUAACAAUUCCUCAGGCCGGAGUCUUGCCUAACAUCCAGCCUGCUCUUCUGCCUAAAAAAUACUGAGAAGACGAAGCACACCAAGUAGAACUUGACGACCAUUCCAUUCACCCAAAACUGCUCUUCACACAAUUUUUCCCUAAAGGAAUGGUUCCUGUUAUUUCUUUUAUUUAACUUGUUAUCCAACAGCGAUAAAACAAUCUGCUUUACUUUUAAAAUGGAGUUUAUACUUGACCACACAGUAUCUUUGACCUCAAUAUAGUAACACUGGAAAUAAAUACACAACUAUUGUUUCCACUGCUGUAUUUAUUAAACCAACGUGAUGGCUGCCAUUGACAGUGAUUAUAUGUUCAACUGAUAUCCCAAUAUUGUCCAACUCCUAAAAUCCUAUACCAAUAUAAGCGGUAAUGGACCUAACACAUUAUGGAUUAUUGUAUUGUAAUGUCAUGGUUGGGCAGAGCGUCACUCAGUCAGAACAAGUCCGAACAUGUUUCCACCAGGAAGAAUGUCUAGUUUUAACACUGGUUUUUGAAAUAAACUUUUACACUGUUAUGAAAUUUGAGUCUAAUCAAAGAACGCUGAUGCAAUUUACAAGUUUUAUUUCCUCAGCGUUUUGAAAAGUUAGUCAAAUUUACACACUAUCAUUCUGUCGGGCACCUUUCAAAGCACAUGAAUGUGGCGCUCGUGUAUGACGUCAUUAAACGGUGCCUCCAAAAUAGCCCUUCUUGCGAAUUUGUGAAAACUCUUCCCGGUUGUUUGGACGUCAUUAAACUGCCUAAAGUUGCCCUUCUUGCAAAUGUGUGCAAACUCUUCCCGGUUGUUUUGAACUACA